CGAAAGUUGAGUUUGAACUAAAGUCAACCAAGAACCAACAACCGACGACGCAACCGAGAUGAGCACAACACGCUGGGAAUCGAUCGCGGACCUCCACGAAACAAUCUUCAGCUUUGCGGGACCGCUCACGCAAUUCCUGAACGGCGCCUUCUCCGACGAAGACGCGCUCGACGAUGCCACGUCUGGCAUUUGGGUCGAUGCAUUCCAGAGCGACUGGCCCGGCGACCUUGCGGUCCUCCCGAUGGCGUCCAACUGGGCCUAUCACUUUGGCUUUGUGCGCUCGCGAGGCAUGUACGCGCGUGCCAAGGCCAUUGCGCUCACCGGCUACUGCGGCGACGUCGGGUACUACAACCGGUACUUUACCGAGCGCACCGACAUGGACGACGUUCCCGAAGACAUUGUCGUGCCCGACUACAUGGCCGCGCCCAUGGCCAACGUAUGGCUCGACGAGCUCUCUAGCUUGCUAUUGCAUCCAAUCGCACUGGCCACCGCGGCUGCCGUGGGUGGCCAUACGCGCCUGCUCCAGCACCUUCUCGACACCGGCAGCGUGGACGCGACGCAGAUGCAUUUUCUGCAUGACGGCGGGCGCGUCCUGGACCACCUCGCGUACCUCGGGCACUUGGAGACACUCCGAGUCCUCCACGGCGCGGGCUGCCACGCGUGCUCGACGGACGCCAUCGACCAUGCAGCCGAGAACGGCCACGACGAUGUGGUGCGGUGGCUGCAACAGCACCGGACCGAAGGCUGCACGUCGGCGGCGCUCGACGCCGCCCUUCUGAGCGACAACGUGUCCCUUGCUGCGUUUUUGCGUGCGUCGUACCCGGAGCUAACAGUCUCAGCCAGUGUGCUCGACACGGCCGCUGGACAGGGGCGUUUGGACCUUGUCACCUACCUCGACGCGGUCUGCAAGGCAUCGUGCUCGACGGACGCCAUGGACAAGGCAGCGACAAAGGGGCACUUGGCCGUCGUUGUUUACCUCGAUACGCACCGCGACGAAGGCUGCACAGUUCAAGCAAUGGACGGCGCCGCGUACUUUGGCCACCUCGAGGUGGUGCAGUAUCUGCAUGCGCAUCGGCGCGAGGGCUGUUCGACGCUCGCGUUCGACACGGCGGCGCACGAGAACCAUUUGGACGUGCUCCACUUCCUCGCAACGCACCGAGUUGAAGGCGGCACGACCAAGGCGCUGGACCGUGCGGCCCACCGCGGCCAUGUCGAGGUCGUGCGGUAUCUACAUGCACGUGGGCGCGAAGGGUGCACGACGCGUGCGAUCGACUGGGCCGCGGCGGCCGGUCACCUUGAGAUCGUUGAGCUCUUGUGCAGCCAGCGUCCGGAAGGAUUUACGUUUCGGGCCAUGUACUGGGCCGCCCGCGAAGGCCAUUUCGACGUGCUAGCGUACCUCUUGCCGCGCGGGCCAAGCCAAGCCGCCCAGGCCGUCGACCGCGCGCUCUUAGACCGAAACAAAACCGUCUUUUUGAAUCUCCAAGCUGCUGCGUACCCGGGUACAACGACGAGUGCAAUUGUGGACGUCGAGUGGGACCCCAACGUCGACGGGUGCUUCUCGUUUGCCUACCACGACGACGACGACGACGGUGAUGACGACGACAAGUACUGCGACUGGGACUCGGACGACUCGACCGAUGCGUGCAUGUUUUACAGCUAGAUUAAUACGACAUUUCUCAAUGCAUAGCCAGCGAUCCGCGUCUAAUUUGGUGAAGAAGAAGACGCCCGGUCCCUUAU